AUGGCAAAUAAAUCAGUGUAUGAUUUCUCUGCUGAGACCCUGGAUGGACAGCCCGUUCCGCUCAGUAACUACAUGGGUAAGGUGCUUCUCAUUGUCAACGUUGCCACCUUCUGAGGGUCAACAAUAGAGGAGUACCACCAACUGAAUGCACUGAUGGAAAUGUUUGGUGACCUCAGCUUCACUGUCUUAGGAUUCUCCUGCAACCAAUUUGGUCUCCAGUCACCUGAGGUGAAUCAUGAAACCCUCAAUAUUCUGAAGUAUGUGAGACCUGGUGGGGGGUUUGUGCCAAAGUUUCCGGUCUUUGGUAAGGUUGAGGUGAAUGGGUUAAACGAAGAGCCUCUUUUCACCUAUCUAAAGGAAUCCUUGCUGUAUGUGAACCCUGUUAUUGGAGAUACAAAGAAAUUCUACUGGUCGCCAAUCAAAGUCAGUGACAUUCGGUGGAAUUUUGAGAAGUUUCUCAUUACUGCAGACGGCAUACCCUUCAGAAGGUAUGAACUUCACUGCCCCAUUGAGAAAGUGGAGAAGGACAUAGCAGAACUUCUCUGA